AUGUCGUCAUCACAGAGCGCGGACAAGGGAGCAAGCGCUCAUAUCCAGGGACAUAGCCCUAAUGUCGAUCCCACGAAGACGGCAUCAAAGCAGAGCCUCAAGGACUGCAAUGGGCUGACUACCUGGCAACAGUGCAUGAUCGACGCCCAAGAGCGUAUGCUCGAGGAUCAGAGAGUCAUGAUGACCAUGCUGCAGAGAAUCCUGGAGCAGCAAGAGGAGAUUCUGAGUGUACUUGAGAGACACGAAAGACUGGAACGCAAUAGCAGUCUUACAUCCCUGGCCAGCGACAGCGGUAGCGGCAGCGAUGACGAGUCGAUGGCCGACAACAAGUAA